CUGUGACCCCUAAGUUUGCAGGCUGGCACUCGGUCCACUGAACCACGCUAGCCAGGGCAGCUUUUGACUCUGUCAGUCAUUCUCUAAAGUGUUCUUUCUCCAAGUUAUAUACCAUUUUCCCCUGAAUCGACUGGUUCUUCUUUCUUGUGCCUCUUUAAAUAUUGGUCUAUCUCAAGAUUCCAUUGUAAAACCCCUGAUUCUCCCUGGACACGUCCAUUCACUCCAGUGGUGUCAGUUUAUGCUAAAUGUUAACUCUCAGGUAUUGACCUUCAGCCCUUUCCACUCUCCUGAGCCUGUCGUGGCGGUACAGUUUCCACUUAGCAGUGCCUUAGACAACUUAUUUUUUUAGUGAAAGCUAAUGUAAGGAAUUCCUUCUUCCCUAGCCCAGUCAGUGGCAUUUCAUUUCGUCACUCAGCCCUUUGGCUUUUACUUACCCAGUCUCCGCCGUACGAUUCCUAGUUCUGUGUUCUGUCUCAUCAAAUCUGCCCUCUCACUCCCAUCCUCACCACCUUACCUUAUGCCCUCCUGUCCUGCCAAGAUGACGCAGUAGCUUUUCAGUUAGGUCCGCGCUCCGCACUGCUGCUGGGGUUCUUUUUAGAAUACGUGUCGUGUUGUCACUCCCGUGAGACUUUCAGUGAUUCCUCAUUUCACGCAGGCUGUGAUCCAAACUUCACUACAUGACGCGUGAAGCCAUUUGGAAUCUGGCCGGCGGUUCCUUCCCUCCACAGCGCCUUCCCCGUCCUUGUUCCGCUUUACCACCAGGGUUGCCCUCUCUCCUGCGUUUCACCCCAGUGACUGUUUCUGGGCCUGGCUCCUUGAAGAUAAUGUUUGGUUUGAUGAAUAGCAUUUGAGAAUUAAGGUCACUCUUCUUGGGUUUAGUUCUGUGUAGUGUAAAUGUGGGGUAUGAGUACAUUGGGGUUUUGUAAGUUAGAAGACCUCGUGCAGAGUUGUUGCAGAUGGUUAACUGGUUAUCUGUGUUCUGUAUCAGAAUAGAUGCUGUGCGUAAAACUGUGUGUUGAAAUUUUCCAUUAGGAGAAGGUGUUAGGUGGAGGCGAAAAGGCACGUUCAUGGGAUCAUUUUUUGGCAUUGGGCUUAGCACUUGGUUUUUCAAGUUUAUUCUGAUUUAAACUCACUAGUUAACAUAUAAUAAUGUUGAAGGUAAAAUGCAUAUAGGAAUGAACCCAUCUGGAAACAUUAAAGAAAUAGAUAGAAAUGCUUGCUUAAAAAAGGAAAGAACAGUUUUUCAUUUGUAGGAAUAAAUGUAAUAUUACAUUUUUAAGAUAGUUAAAAAGCAUUUGGUUUUUUAAAUUCUGGUCUCGAGUUACUGAUUUGCUGCCUGUUGUCCAGUAAAUUCUGCCUUGGAGCUAAUAUGCUUCAUCUUUGUUGACUAAAUAGUUUUCUUAAAUUAGUACUUGCUGGUACAGCUAUGGCCCAUUUCUUUAAAGCAGUCUCCUCAUUUUAAUAUUUCUAAUACUCUGAAAACAUUUUUAUAACUGCAAGAAAAGAGGAGUUAACAAGUAAAGAUUAGUAUAUUUAGGCGUACUUUCAGAGGGUUCUGUUUUUCACUGCUAUGUUCAUUAAUUUUUUCCUCAUUUUUACUGAAGAGGUCGUGUAUAUUCUUUGACUUUUUUUGAAGAUUUUAUUUAUUUAUUUAUUUAUUUAUUUAUUUAUAUUUAGAGAGAGGGGAACAGUGGAAGAAAGAGAGGGAGAGAAAUGUCAGUGUGUGAUUCCCUCUUGUGUGGUCCCCACUGGGGACCUGGCCCACAGCCCAGACAUGUGCUCUGACUGGGAACAGAACCUGUAACCCUUUGGUUCGCAGCCUGUGCUCAAUCCACUGAGCUACACCAGGCAAGCUGCUUUUUUUUUUCUUUUUUUCUUUUUUCUUGCCCGCCCCCCUUCUUUUAAGGGCCAAACCUUGUAGUAAAAAACAAAUCUCCUUCCCAUGCCAGACCUCGAAGUCCCUUUUGCUAGUCCCUUUUUGUUGCCAGUUAACAGAUGGGGGUCCACUGUAGGCACCUCUGCCCUUUGCUUUUUAGUUUCGUGGAUCAACUUAACAUAUUUCAACGUCUAUACCUGGAUCUUUCUCUUUCAUAACAGCAAGUAUUAUUUAGUCUUCUGUUGAUGGUCAUUUAGAUUAUUUCUAGUACUUACAAUUAUUGCUCUUAUGAAUAUCCUCAUACACAUGGCUUUGUACACACAUGCAAAUACAUCUAUAGGUUAAAUUCCCAGAAGUAUAACUGCCAAGUUAAAGAAUACGUACACGGGGUGUGGGGAAGGUGGAGAUGCCUUUAAAAUGUUACUGUUUCCAAAGUUAGAGGAGUAUAGUUUAGAAGAUGAAGAUUCUCGUGUGAACCUAUUUUCCCUGUGAACUGUGUUGUUUUUUUAAGUAUUCAGGGUCACCUUUGCCUAUUUGUCAGCUUUGUAUGUUUAAAUGCUUAUAUUUUAGUGACUGACUCCACUAAAUGCAGUUCAGAAUGGUUAAAAGCAAAUAUCAGUUAAUAAUCAGAUACCUAUUUUUCCUUUCCUACGAAGAGUUGCAGGGGAGCAUCAUCUUUCUUGAUUGUUGAACAAUGUUAGGAGUCCCUCUUUUCUUCCUGUGAAGGUGAGACCGUUGGACUCCACCUCCCCCCAAAAUGGAUUAACUUUUAGAAAUGCAUCUCAGAAUGAAGUAAGGUUUUGCUGGCAGGUGAGUGAAAACAGUAACUGGAAACAAAGACUUGGGUUUUCCCCUCUUGCUUAAACCCAAUGAAAUUUUGAUGCUUGGCCAAAAUAAAAUAAAAGUUAAAAUUUCUUUGUGAGGUUGUCAAAUUCUCACGCUGUAUAUUUUCUUUCAGAUUCCUUUGUUUCUUCCUCUUCCUCUCAGCCUGUGUCUCUAUUUUCGACCUCACAAGCGGGAAUGAGCUCUCUUUGCUCUGGUGAGCCAGCUUCAGAAAUUUUGACUUCCUCCUCUCUUUCAUCUUCUGAAGUACGUAAAACUGACCUUGCAACACUACGUGGAGAACAAAGCCACGUGUUAGGCAGCCAUUCUGUUUUAGCCAAAGAAGGACAAGACUGCUUGGCUCGUCUAGAUGUGACAAAGGUGCAAGAGCCUCAGGGGACCAGUAAAGAUGGAGCCAACUGCCCAGUUCCUGUUGGGGAAGGAGGUUGCUGUCACCACCCUUCCAUUCCAGCCAGUGUCCCAGGUCAUCCUGCUUUUCUCUCGGAGGACGCUGUUCAAGUGGAGGACCAGAGAAAUGAAGACCAAGGAUCCAGGAACCCCAGUGAGACACCAAGUGGGAAUGACAAAACAGUCUUAGAUGCCAACGACAAGUUUACUUUGCCGACAGCCCAGAAGCCAGCCACUGAGCAGUCUAGGGCAGGAGGCACUGGUACAUACUCCUUGUCCCCAUCCAAAGUGUCAGGCGGUAGUGGUAUUGAGAAGGAUUCCCCUGAAUCACCAUUCGAAGUAAUUAUUGACAGAGCAGCAUUUGACAAAGAAUAUAAAGACGCAUAUAAGGAGAGUGCCAAUUAUUUGGGUAGCUGGGCAGUGCACACUGAUCGAGAAUCAUCUGCAGACAUUUCAGAGUCUAAUGACAAAGUAUUUCCACUAAGAAAUAAAGAGGCAGGGCGUUUCCCAACCUCUGCCUUGCUCACUAGGCAGUUUUCGCACACGACUGCAGCUCUGGAAGAGGUGUCCAGGUGUGUCAGCGAUAUGCACAACUUUACCAAUGAGGUACUGACUUGGGACUUCGUUCCCCACGUGAAGCAGCAGAACGAAAAAGCCGACUACAUCACAAAAACUACAGGACUUGACACGAGCAAAUAUAAUUCAGAAAUUCCUGUUGUAAAUCUUAAAACUAACACUCAUCAGAAAAUUCCUGUAUGUUCUAUUAAUGGGAGCACACCCGUGGCUAAAUUGACUGGUCACUGGGCAGAAGCAUCUCUCCCACAAGAAAAUGCUGCCAUUGAAAAACCUAUCCCAGACUAUCUUGAUUCCACACCAGACGCCAGUGUCAAAGGUGUGCAAGGCAACGUGCAGAAACAAGGUGACACGCUUUCAGAGGUACCUGGAUCUCCGCUGGAGAAAUGUGUCUCUCCGGGUUCUGGCACGGCCACAGUAAAAGUGGUUUUACCUGAUGGCCACCUGAAAGGUGAAAUGAACUGGCAGAGCUCUAUGUUGGGAGAAGUGACAGAGGCUGAUAGUUCUGGUGAGUCUGAUGACACAGUGAUAGAGGACAUCACAGCCAGUAUUUCAUUUGAAAGUAACAAAAUUCAGGCUAAAAAACCUGUUUCCAGUCCAAGUGCUGUCGUAAAAGCAGAUGAAAAAGAAAUCAAAGAGAUUCUCAAUUAUAACAGGGAAACCAAAACAUCUGAAAACUUUGAGGGGUCAGUCAGUGACUCUGAGCCACAAAUUAAGCCUGAUAUUCUUGCAAGGAGUCCAGCUGGCAUGGCAGCAGGCUCCCAGGCACCUGAUACGAAUGUCAUGUCAGGACAUGUGAAACAGUCAGAUGGGGUGAGUGCUGGUAUUCCUGAAAAGGCUGCCACGACCGAGGGCCCCGGACUUCCUUCAGCAGCACUUUCACAUGUUCCUGAGACAGAUUUCUCACCAAACGUGAUAGCCUCUGCCCAUUUGGAGUCAUUACAUGAAAGAAGUAUUAAAGAUGUAGAUGAUUCUUCCCCAGAGGACCUGAUAACAGCCUUUACAGAAACCGGAGGGAAAGGAAUAGUAGAUAAAAGUGAAGGAAAUGCAUUUGAAGCAAUAUCAGAGAAGGCUGCGGACUUCCAAACCGCUCUUCCUGUAGACAUCUUGUAUGAACGUGGGCCAGGCGGUUCUGACAUUAAAGACAUAAAAAGCGAAUACUCUCAACAAAACAGAGGAAUCCGUGGAAGUGAGCUUCUGGAUGCUUUUCCUACCCAAGGUGCUUCAGUAGCAUCUCUUGACUUGGAACAGGAACGGCUCACAAUCAGAGCCCUCAAAGAACUGAGUGAGAGGCAGACUGAGAAGUCCGCUCCUGCACGGGGCGAAGUGGACUCUCCUUCUGAAGAAACACUCAAGCAGACUUUCACAUUUGCUCCACAAUCUUCUCAGCCACAGAGGUCACGUGAUGUCCAAGAACACGCAGAUGUCAAGGGACCUGAUCUUGCGGUUUUCAGAAAGCCCACUAUUACCAAAGAAGCCACUAGUGUAGAUGUUGUUUCCAGCCUUAGCGAGACCGAACUGGUAAACAGGCGUGUCCUAGCAGGACUUCUGGCAGACUCCACAGGUAACCGUUCACACUGCACACUGGGGGGAGGUAGAUUUUUGUCAGUGGUUGCUUGGUUUGGUUUUCUUACACAAACAUUUCCCAAAGCAGUAAGCCACUUGUUAAAAUUAAUACUGUCCUAAAAAUUUUUUAUGCUCCAGUUUUUUCUGUGUUGUUCUUAUAGGUUGACCCGAGGGUGAAUGCUACUUGUAACAGUGUCAUUAGGCUCAUAAUUACUUAUUUACAAAGCUUAUUUUUAAGUCUCCAAAAUAGUAUGCUACUUCCUUCACGCUUGGGUUUUUUGUUAGGGGCCUUGUGAAAUCUACUUAGCAAUCAAAGAUAAAGGCAUUCCUGCUGGGACAGUAAAUGGAACUUUUAAUUAAUUUGAUCUUAUACCGUAGAGAUAUCAUGCUGUGAAAGGAGGUAACCUGUAUUGCAAUGCUAUUUUGUGAGUAAUACUUAAGAGACCUCACGCGUUCUUCUUUAGACCUUAUUUAAUAUUCUUCAGGCCAAACUCAUUCUAUGGUACUGGAAGCCCUUUUCUUACCUUCUGUUUAUUUGAAUGAUUACUUUUCUAGCAAUUGGCCUUCAUCGCUUCUUGGCCUCUUGGCUAAGAUCAAGUGCCAUUGGCCUUCAAUUAAAUUACCUCAAAUGCUGUCUGUUCUGGGGUUUCGGAAAGUGCGAGAGAUAAGGGAUACUCACGGCCUUCCAAAAGGGGUUGUCAGCCUCCGCUCUGAUGCCAAGUUCUGUACUGACUUUAUGGUCAUGGCAGGUGCUCUGUGGGGAUCUGUGGUUUUCCAGACUUGUUUGACAGUAGAUCUCUUUUUCAAAUGAAAUUAUUUGAAAAAUAAUUUCAAAUAUUCUUUGAAAUGUGGGGAGUUGAAUAAUUAAAACACAAAUGAUAUAUUUGUUGUUGCAAACUUACCGGUGUGGUCAGACCGCGUACCUCUUUUCCUGGGAGGUGUCAUUCUGCACGGAGGGGCUCAGGCCUCACUGCUGGCCCCCUCCUCACUGCAGCCAGAGCGGUGCUACACUCCUGGGGGGGGGGGCGCCCUCAAACCGAGCGAAUGAGACACCUCUUGGGCCUUGCCCCUCGCUAACGUGCACUCACCCACUGUGCUUGGUGAGGCGCCUGCGUCCCUGGCGGUGCCUCAGCGUCCUGACACUCUUGGUCACCUGUGGCCCUUGUUGAGGGCUGCUCCUCUUCAGUGGCUGCUGUGGCCGAAGGGCACUGUUUACCUCUUAUAAAGGCAUUUCCUGACUACGGACCGUGGGCAGAUAAGUCGAUCUUCCUAGAUUGUAAUCCUUAAAAUAGAGAGAGAUUUAUAAUAGUAUUGUGAGAAUUAAAUAUGAAAAUGCAGGCAAUGCAGUGCCUUGAACAUAUUUAAAUAUUUAUUUAUUUAGCAAGUAUAGACCCUGGCUGGAUAAUUAUUUGUUAAUUGUUAUUAGUGGAUGAAUUGUUAAUAAUUAUCAGUGGCAACAUCAAGACUUUUUUUAUAAACUCAAAGAUUUAAAAUGGUAGUAAAGGAUACUGGUUAUUCCAUAGUAAUUGAACAUUAUUGAGCUCGGAUUUAGGAGUGCUAAAUUCUCGUGGUUGCCUUACUGUGUCUAGAAGUGUGACAUUGAGCAGUUCGGUCACGUCCCCUUUUGAGGAUUUGAUUUCCUUAUCUAUAAAGUGAGGAUGUUGCGUUAGAUCAUCUUUAAUAUCAUUUCAAUAACAGGAUCCUCUGACUCUGGUAUAUCUUAGGUUUCAUCGUCAGUUGCUAUAACUCUUACAAGCAGCUCUUUGGAGUGCCGAGGCGUGUGGGAAUUAGGCCACAAGAACUCCACUGUCUAAUUCUGGCAAGUUCCUGCUUUCGUGUGACCUCAGACAACUAGCCUGACUGGUUCAGCAGAUUCCUUUGUUAAUGUGGUGGUAAUUGUGUUGCCCUGCUUUAUAGUGUUGUAGUAAAUAAAGUUCUGGGUAGAUACUAAUUAGUAAUUCUCAACUGAGUUGUUUAACCUACUGAGAGAGGUAGAAAGGGCUGCGGAAGUUUAGAAUAUUUGUCACUGACCAAAUUCUAUGAUUAGUACGUACUUUUAGAUGAUAAUUAAGGAAGACGAGCGUGAUUAGACCAAGAAGCUGACAGGUCUUCCUUUGUGGUUUCAGAAUUGAAACCCUUUUUAAAUUGUCUUACUUUGAGUAAAUGUUUUAAAAUAUGAACCACUUCAGUAAAAUCUGUCAGUCUCUAGUUCUUUUCCAAGUGUACAGACUGUAUGCUCCCCAGUAUGACGAUAUGCCAGGCCACAAACCAUUUAAAUUUAAACUUAAAUCAGUAAAUUUUAAAGGAAUACUAUAACACAAAAUAUGUUCUAAGAUCACAAUGAAAUUAAACUUUAAAACAAGGAAAAUAAGAUACCUAGGUAAAUUCCCAAAUAUUUGAAACUUAAGCAAAGGUACUUUUACAUAAUCUAUAGUUUAAUGAAAUCACAAGAAAAAAAUUUUAAUGUUUUGAAUGGAAUGACAUUGAAAUACAAUAUGUCAAUCUUGAGGAACAGAGUGCUGAAAGGGAAACGGGAAACUUACAGCUCUAAAUACGUAGGUUAGAAAAGAAAAAUAAUCCAAAGAUCUAAGGUUUCAACUUAAAAAGCUAAAAAAAAAAAGAGCAAAGUAAGUAGAAGGAAAUUACAAAGGUAAGAAUAGGAAUCAGUGGAAUGAAAAACAAAGCAAUUCCAAAAUUUGGUUUUGGAAAAGAUCAACAAAGUUGAUUUCUUGAUUAAUCAAAAAAAAAGCAGAUUACAAUAUCAAGCACAAAAAAGGGGUUAUCACUUAGAUCCUAUAGAUAUUAAAAGGAUAAUAGGCUAUUAUGAAUAGUUUUAUGCCAACAGAUUUAUCAAUUUAGAUGAAAUGGACAAAUUUCUUGAAAAGAAUACAACUUACCAAAGCUGACACAAUUUCCAUUAAAUUUGUUAUCAAAAAUCUUACUAAAAAAAAUGGCCUGGCCCAGAAGUUUGACUAGGAGAAUCUUCCAGGCAUUUAAGGAAAAAGGAGAGAAAAUUUUACAACUAAUACACUAGUAGAUAGUAACACCAAAACUGGACAAAGACAUUACAAAAAGAAAAUUAUAGACUAAUACCCUUCAUGAACAUGCUAAGAUGAAAAAUUCUUAACAAAAUAUUAGCAAAUCAACAAUAUAUCAAAAGGUUAAUGUGUCAUGGCUAAGUGGAGUUUGUUCCAGGAGUACAAACUUGUUUCGUGCAUGUGGUUUUUUAAAAUAUGUUUUAUUGAUUGUUAAUGCAGUGUCCCAUUUCCCCCUUUAUUCCCCUCCACCCUGCACACUCUCUUCCUCCCACAUUCCCCCCUUUAGUUCAUGUCCAUGUGUCUUAAGUUCUUUGGCUUCUAUAUUUCCCAUACUAUUCUUGCCCUCCCCCCUGUCUAUUUUCUACCUACCGUCUCUGCUACUUAUUCUCUGUACCUUUCCCCUUCUCCUCCCACUUCCUCGUUGCUAACCCUCCAUGUGAUCUCCAUUUCUGUGGUUCUGUUCCUGUUCUAGUUGUUUCCUUAGUUUGUUUUUAUUUUAGGUGUGGAUGUUAGUAAUUGUGAGUUUGCUGUCAUUUUAGUAUACAUGUUUUUUAUCUUAUUCUUAGAUAAGGCCCUUGAACAUUUCAUAUAAUAAGGGCUUGGUGAUGAUGAACUCCCUUGAAUUUGAUCUUAUCUGAGAAGCACUUUAUCUGUCCUUUCAUUCUAAGUGAAAGCUUUGCUGGAUAGAGCAAUCUUGGAUGUAGGUCUUUGGAUUUCAUGACUUGGAAUACUUCUUUCCAGCCCCUUCUUGCCUGUAAGGUCUCUUUUGAGAAAUCAGCUGACAGUCUGAAGGGAACUCCUUUGUAGGUGA